UAUUACAACACAGAGAGCAAGUUUAUAUAACCUGUCAGAGUUUGAUGAGGGAAACUACUGCUGCAGAUUCCUCCUCAACAGACCACAGGGCUUACAGAAGGGUCUUAAGACGACGAUGGAGACCACCACGGUCCUUAACCAUCAAAACAGUACAAAAGAUGAACCUGGAGAUAUUUCUUUUGACAAUCUUGCUGGGGCUAGAAAGACUCUCCACAUCUUGUCUCUCAUUGUUUACUGCCUGGUCUUUGUUCUCGGUGUGUUCGGGAAUGGAGUGGUUAUCUGGGUGACCGGGUUCAAGAUGAAGAAAACAAUUAACACAGUCUGGUUCCUCAACCUUGCUGUGGCCGACUUUCUCUUCACGGCAUUCCUACCCCUGGGUGUGACGUACACGGCCAUGGAUUUCCACUGGCCUUUCGGCAACUUCAUGUGCAAACUCAACGCCAUUGUAAGCUCGAUUAACAUGUUUGCCAGUGUCUACAUCCUGGUAGUGAUCAGUGUGGACAGAUAUGUGUCAGUGGUUUGGCCCGUCUGGGCCCAGAACCACCGAAGUGUACGUAAGGCAUCCUGUGUGAGUCUGGGUGUUUGGGUACUGGCUCUGAUUCUCAGCACUCCAUACUUCAUCUUCAGGGACACUACACCAUCAUUUUUUGAUCAAAAUAAAAUCAACUGCUUUAACAACUUUGCUCUUUCUGAUGACUAUGAAACACCAUCUGUGAAUCAGCUGCGUCAGUUUCGUCAUCAGACCAUGACCAUCACCCGCUUCCUCCUGGGAUUUGUUGUCCCCUUCACUGUCAUUGUCUCCUGUUAUGCUGUGAUCAUCCAUCGUCUCAGGAGGAACCGCACCCUGGCCAGCCAGUCAAGUCGCCCCUUUAAGAUCAUCGCUGCCGUAAUCACCACUUUCUUCCUGUGCUGGGCUCCCUUUCACAUCAUGGCUCUGAUUGAGAUGGUCUUUUUCUCGGGUACUUUUCAAAGUACAACAUUAGGCCAUGUCAUUAUUAUCGGUGUCCCCAUAGCCACCAGCCUGGCCUUUCUCAACAGCUGCCUGAACCCACUGCUCUAUGUGUUCAUGGGCCAAGAUUUCAAGGAAAAAGUCUGCAAAUCCAUCCUGAAUGCGUUGGAGUCUGCCUUCCAGGAAGAGGAGACGUGCUCUCAAACUGACACAAAGUCAGCAGAUAGUCAGUGCAGAGACAAGUUAGCUGUUGAUACUGAGGUAUAAGGCUGUAUAAAACAUUUUCAAAAAACAAUAUUGAAACUGUAAUUUUGAUUGUAUUGUCUUUCUAAAAGGACCCCCAACAUGAACCACAAACAUUAUCCCAGACUGAUUCAUUUCAUCUUGAUCCAGUUUGAUUAAUGUGAGUUUCAGUCUUUGGCGUUUGGCAAACGUAUCUGUUCUAACUACACCCACAGUAUUUAAAAGUGCAUAGAAUGGGCUGAUGGUAAUAUUGUACAACAAUUUGUGACGUCUUUUCUGGGCUAAAUCUUUGUUGAACAAGUUAGUCAUGGAAUGAUUUUAAAUCAGCAAUCAUUUUCUUCAGUUGGUACCAUAUCAGGGUCUAUUAAAUGUUAACCUAGUACUAAUUUCAAACCUUUCAAAAAUAAUUGAAUUUUUGUUACAUGAAAACCAUGUCCUUGCCUAUAUGUGACAGCAAAGAAAAUACACUAAUGAGUUGUUUUUUAUAGGUUAUCCUUUUACAACAUAUUAAUAAUUAAAAUCCCACCCCAUCACCUAAAUAGCAUAGGCUGUAUACCAACAUACGGAAGAUGUUUUGCCGAAAUAUCAAAAUCUACGGUGAGAAAUAGUGUUGCGGGAUCGCUGCACAAACUGGAAUAUAGAACGUUUAUUUCCCAACUUCCUCCUCACACUGACCCAACACUCUGAUGCAAUUAUGUGUGGACAUGAUCAAAUUAAAUGACAGUGUGUCAUCUGACGUUUGACUGCUGCAUGUCAGCUGCAUAUGUAACCAAGAGAUUAUAUUGGUUAGUGGCAGCUGCAUUGUAAGCUUGCAUUGUAAAGCUUACUUUGAUUGUUUUGAUAAUUGUUAGUUGCUUUUUGAGGGAAUAUGUCUAUGACAUAUCAGUUACCAAAAUGAUAUAUUAAUCUGUUAUAUUUUAUAUGAUAAAUUGUCUGCAAAUUGAAUAAAUGAAUUGAAAAUAAAUGGAAUAACACUUAUUCUGACAUCAUAUGAACCUCUCUGUAACAAAUCUGUUAGUGUUAACAAUGUAAUCGUUCAUUGUCUUUUCGUUAACCCUAUUGUGGAGAACUCUGCUAAGAGUCCAUAAAUGAUGAUGAUGCUGUUUAAGACUGUAAAGUAAUUCCAUGAUUAAAAUAUUUUGUGGACUAUUA